AUGACGCUCUACCCCAGCUACGACAUCCUCCAAAAUACCUUCGGCAGCCGCCCGUACUCGCGCGGUCUGCCGCAGAACAAGCCUACCCCAAGCGGUCCUACGCCGUACCAAGCUCGCCUCGAGCUGUACCCGGCCUACUCGGUCGUUGACGAUGCGAAGAACAAGGCACAGAAACUAAGCGCCGAGGCCACCAGGGAAUUCGAGGCGGCGAGCCAGAAGGCACAGGCCAAGGCAGGCCACAUCGAGCUCUUCUCGGGGAAGUACUAUGCCGCCUGCACGUUCGGCGGCAUGAUGGCCUGUGGCCUGACCCACGCGGCCGUUACCCCUCUCGACCUCGUCAAGACGCGCCGGCAGGUCGACUCGAAGCUGUACAAGGGCAACUUCCAGGCGUGGGGCCACAUCUUCCGCACCGAGGGCGUCCGCGGCAUCUUCACGGGCUGGAGCCCCACCCUCCUCGGGUACUCGGCGCAGGGCGCCUUCAAGUACGGGUGGUACGAAUACUUCAAGAAGACCUACUCGGACAUGGCGGGCCCGGAGGCGGCGUACAAGUACAAGACGGCGCUGUACCUGACAGCCUCUGCCUCGGCCGAGUUCCUGGCCGACAUCGCGCUGUGCCCGUUCGAGGCGGUCAAGGUGCGCAUGCAGGCGACGAUCCCGGCGCAGUACACGGGCACGCUGGACGGGUUCAGCAAGAUCGCGGCGGCCGAGGGCAUCAGCGGCCUGUACAAGGGCCUCUACCCGCUGUGGGCGCGCCAGAUCCCCUACACCAUGAUGAAGUUCGCCUCCUUCGAGACCAUCGUCGAGAUGAUCUACGACCGCCUGCCGGGCUCCAAGAGCGACUACAGCAAGGGCGCCCAGACGGGCGUGUCGUUUGUCGGCGGUUACCUCGCCGGUAUUCUGUGCGCCGCCGUCUCCCACCCGGCCGACGUCAUGGUCAGCAAGCUGAAUGCGUACCGCAAGGCGGGCGAGGGCUUCGGGACGGUCACGUCGAGGAUAUACAAGGAUAUCGGAUUUAGGGGGCUGUGGAACGGCCUGCCCGUCCGUAUCGUCAUGAUCGGUACCCUGACUGGUCUGCAGUGGAUGAUCUAUGACUACUUCAAGAUCUUCAUGGGUCUGCCCACGACCGGUGGAGCGCCGCCGCCGCAAGAGAAGAAGUAG